UCCGAGAGCAAAGGAAGAGCGCCGCAGCCCGAAGCUCGCUCUCGCCGCGUCGAUGACGCGUCUCCCGUCGCUGGAAGGCUCUCCUCCAUGAGGCGCUGCUGCUGCUCCUCCCUCCCCUCGUCCCUCGCCGCCUCUACCUCCUCCGCCGCCUCCGCCGCCGCCGCCUCCGCCAUGUAUCCUCGUCCCAAGUACCGUGGCGGUAGAUAUCCAUCCCAAAGAAGCUUCUCUGACUCCCCGCACAAUGGCGGCAGAGGGCAAUUUCCGAGUGGUGACUCCAAUGUCCACCCGGUCCAAUGUAGAAACCAAGGAUUCCAACAAGGAGCGAGGGUUAACUUCAUCACUGGUGACUCUCACUUCCAUGCAGUCCAGGAUGCAAAUCAUGGAUUCCGACAAGGAGAGGUCGGUGAUUCCGCCAUCCAGGCUGGGUAUCGGCCUCCGUUCCAUUCAAGAAGGCAUUUUGUUCAGAGCGAAUCAUACGGGUUAUCCUCUGGUUAUAGCCAUGAUACACAAUUCCACCAUCCCCAGCACUAUAAUCAGGGUCAGAGUAUACAGCAAUCCCCGCAAUAUAAUCAAAAUCGACAGUUUCAGCAUCAUAGGCCAUCGAAACAAAACCAGCCAGUCUGGAGACGUCCACAAUCUGAUUGGAGUUUAGCCACUCGGACAUCAGAAGAGCAAAGGUCUUGGCCGCAAAGACCUCCCGACUAUCGAAUUUGGGAAUAUGCAAAAACAGAGCCACCUUCUGACUAUGAGCGGUUUGUCAUUCUCUCAUACAACAUAUUGGCUGACUACCUUGCUAUAAACCAUCGAAGCAAACUCUACUAUCAUAUACCUCGCCAUAUGCUGGACUGGCAGUGGAGAAAGAGAAGUAUCUUGUUUGAGCUUGGAUUAUGGUCUGCUGACAUAAUGUGCUUUCAGGAGGUUGAUAAAUUUUAUGACCUGGAGGAUGAGUUAAAGUCACGAGGAUAUUGUGGUAUUUGGAAGAUGCGGACUGGAAAUCCAGUUGAUGGCUGUGCAAUCUUUUGGCGUGCUUCAAGGUUCAAGUUGCUUCGGGAAGAUUGCAUUGAGUUCAACAAGCUGGGGCUUCGGGAUAAUGUUGCUCAGAUAUGCGUGCUUGAGGUAGUGAGUGAAAAUGAGACUGGAAAUACAGCACAUCAAUCAGCCAGUUCAGCAGGUUCUAGAAAGAUUGUGGUUUGUAACAUUCAUGUGCUCUACAAUCCUAAAAGAGGAGAAAUUAAGCUUGGUCAGAUAAGGGCUCUUUUGGACAGGGCUUAUGCUGUGUCCCGAGCCUGGGCUGAUGCUCCUGUUGUUCUUUGUGGAGAUUUCAAUUGUACUCCAAAGAGUCCUCUGUACAACUUCAUAUCUGAGCAGAAGUUAAGUUUGUCUGGACUAGAUAGAGAUAAAGUAUCUGGUCAAGCCUCUGCAGAAAUUCGUCCAACAAUACCAGAUGGUCAAAACACUCGUGGUCAACCUCAAUUCCGGGUGGACUACAAUAAGCUAAAAGAUUUUACCUUGGAUGAGCAGAAGCAGAGGAACCAAGAUAACAAUAAGGAAAAUUCUCUCAAUGUGGAUGACCCUUUUCAGCAUAGGUGUACGGACAGUGCUCCAGCAUCCUCUGCUAAAUCUUGCACAAACAGGCGGAGUGCAAUUGACAGCAGCAAACUUAAUUAUGAACUGAGAAAAGACUCUGAACAGAAUCCAGCAGAUGCUGCAAAUGAAAAUGGAUUACCUUCCGAUACUUCUUUGGAAAAAGAACCAAACUCUGAUACUUUGGUUGGGGGGACCGUGUUUCCUCUUGAUGAUGUCAAGUCAGGCAAAGAUAAAUGUACUUAUCAGAUGGCUUCUUCAUGUGUCACUGAGCCAUCUGAUUUAGAUAAUUUGCAAGCAAAAGAUUGCACAGACGUUGUAUCGACAGCUUCCUUUACAGGCGAAGACUAUACUAGUAGUGACCCUGUAGAUCUUGAAUCUCUAGAUUCAAGUGAUGCAAAGAUCACUUCGUUUGUGUUGUCGUGCGAAAAGUCUACUUCUGAUGACGCUGAAACCACUUCUUCAGAAGUUGCAGGGAAUGUAAUAUCCCAAUCAGUCAAUGACAAACAGGAUAAUCCUGCAACCUUACAUAGUGAGUUACUUGUGGAUACCAUGGGUGACUCAAUAGAUGAGGAACUGAAGAAGUUAUCUCUCAGUGAGCCAGAAGAAUCUAGCACGGAAGUUGGAUGUUCUUAUGAGGAUGACGACACAUUUUUAUCUGCAUUACACAACUUAGGAGGCGCAGAUUCCUCUCCUGGCAGUCAAAUUGUCAAGGAGUUUUCAUCUGGUUUGGAUUUUGAGCCUGUUGAAGGGGAGAUCUCUACUUAUGAUCCUUCAUUGUGGACACCGAUGGAGAUAGCUACAGCAACUGGCAGUGCAGAUUGUCUCUUUUUGGAGCAUCCCCUCAAACUUAAGAGCACAUAUGCCGAAGUAGAGGAUUCUUCUGGGACUAGAGACACAAACGGGGAACCCAUGGUCACCAGUUACAAUCGAUGCUUUAUGGGUACAGUCGACUACAUAUGGCAUUCUGAAGGUCUGCAGACGACAAGGGUGCUUGCUCCCAUACCCAAACAGGCUAUGCAAUGGACAACAGGGUUCCCAACUAAGAAGUGGGGUAGUGAUCAUAUUGCGCUAGUCUCUGAAUUGGCGCUCGCAAAGGGUGCAGCCGAUCAAACAAAUGAAGUUCAGUAAUAGACCAGCCUUUGGGACCUGAGAGUUGUAAAAAUAUCUGAGUGCUCUUCAGCUGUGCAGAAUCCAAUUUCAGUGUUGGAGCUCAUUCCUGACAAUUUCAGGUUUCUUCUAGCUUCUAUAUGCAGUUUUGGUGUAAUUAUCCAGGCUCAAUUUUUUUCAGUCAUCACCUAGAAUUCUUUUGUACCGGAUUAGGCUAGCGAGAGAUUUUGAUUAGUCAAUUCCCCGUUUGGAUUUUUCUGACACUGUUUGUAUUAGAAGAUAAAUUCCUGAAGCUGGAAUGAAGGAAUGCGUCAGGUCGAGAAGAAAUCUGCUUAGAGACCGAAUGACAUCUUCCAGGAAGCUCUGGAAGUACAUCUUGUAAAUCUAUGUUGAAUUCUUUACAAUAGAUGCAAUUAACC